CCUCCCCCUCCCUCUCACUCCUGCUCGGGCGCCCGCCAUCUGGCUAGGCCGCGCCCUUCACCCUCUGCCCCCUCCCUCCCUCCCUCUUUCCCUCCCGGUGGGUGGGGUGGCUCCUCCCCCAGGCCCAGCCUCCGGGGAGGGGGAUGUGAGGAGCACCUCGGAGCGGGGCCGUCGCCAUGGAGACAGGCCCGGCGCCUUUGGUGGCCCCCCCACGCCGCCAUGGCGCCUCAGUGGCCCCCUCCCCACCACCUCGGGGCUCCCGGGCUGGGCCUGUGCUGGUGGUGGCCCCGGGGCCCCCAGUGACCACGGCCACCUCCUCCCCGGUCACUCUGGUGGCACCCGGGGAGGCCCGCCCGGCCUGGGUGUCCGGUGGCCCCAGGCCCCCACCUGGCAUCCCUGGGAGCCGGCCGCCUCCGUCUGCCCCUGCAGGGUCGCCGGGGCCGGCUGGGGGGCACAGGUACCGGUGGCAGCACGGUGGUGGUGCUGACUCUGGAAGCUGUGGCUGCAGCCUCUGGCCAGGAUCCUGACCCCAACCCCACCAGGGAGGUG